AUGUCGCUCCCUCAAGUAAAAUCUGCUGAGAAUCGAAAUAGAUUAUCCGCCUUCAAACCCGUUUACUCGAAAAAGCAGAUGUCCUUUGCACUCGUAGCCGUUCAGUCAGGGUAUAAUUUUCACGCAAGAGGAUGUAAUCGACAGAAGUCCCCUCUCUCAGCGCUGGAGGAUUUUGUAGCCAACUACUUCACUGAAGAGUCUGUUUUAGAGGCAGAUCGAGUACUAUUAUCAAAAAGUCGAUCGUUUAAUCCGAGGCUUACCAAGGGAUCAACAAAUUCAACCAAAAAGUUUGUGUUCUCUGAAGUGCAGAUUAUGACUCUUGAAGAUAGUUUUAACUUCAAGCAGUAUCUGUCUCCACCUUCGCGAAAAUGGCUUGCAAACUUACUAGGUGUGUCCAAACGCCAAGUCGUUACGUGGUUCCAAAAUCGACGGGCAAAAGAACGCAAAAGGGCUGGAAUCAAGCUACCAAAGCAUGGGAAGAAGUGUGUACUGCAACAAUAGCUUUAUUUUCUUUUCUUUUUUUUUAUUGAGAGGAUAAAAGAGAUCGGCGGAUACUACAGCGCAAAGCUUUUAGGUAGAAUUUGUACGGUACACGAACGUUCUGCGUGUGUCAACUUUUCACCCAAAAGCGUCGAUUUAUUUUAGCCCAUCUAGACGUCGUUUACACAGCACUUUCUUUCCAUUAUGGUUUGACAGCAAUUAUGAGAAGUUAUAGCUGUCUAUUGUCCAAUGCUAAUGCGCCAUCUCUUGAAUUGAGUGCUGUAUAGGACUUGAAAUGAGAGAGAAGAACUUAUUGGAUGUUUUCUCUGCAAACAGGGUAAUUGCUCUCUUAAAGUAUGUGUAUUUGUUCAGAAUUUCGAUUAAGUCCUAAAUCGAUGUUUUUCUUUCAUUUACACUUUGAACUGAUGAUGGACCGUGUUUCAAGAGUGACCUGUAAUGAAGUCACAUUGGAUUUGUACAAACGAGAUAAAUCUCAGCGACUCAAAGGCCACCCAUGAUUUAGCCGCAUUUAACGCACGAUACAAGCCUUACUGUAGACCUUUUUAAAGACAGAGCUAUUAACUUUUCAUUGUGCAAUGGCCGAUUUACGUAUAUAUUUUAUCAUUCCUUUGGUUCAAGAUUAAGUCGUCAACAGAUGAUAUAUCUUUAAUACUACUUGCGACAUGUUUAUUUAAACAUACAAGAGGUAUUAGUGUAAGGCAAGACAGCAGGAAAAUGCUACCAUUCAUCUACUAAUAACACUUAGGGUAAAUAUAAGUAUCAUGUUCUUGACAGCGAGGGAAGCUUUUACAUAACAUAACUAGUGAGAACCACACAGUAUUCAUUAUACCCUUAUCAAGGCAAUCUAUUUUAUCUACAGAAACGGCUUAAAAGUGAAAUUCAUACUUUUAAUUAGUAUCAGGGAGUGUUUUUUUUUUCAGAAAUUGCGACAAAAACGUAGAUGUAAAACUGUUUAGUCACAGAGAGAUCAGUUUAAAGCUAUAAGGUUUCAAUUUUAUACUUCUGAGAAGGAGUUGACUUGAAAUGUCCAACAAUUUCCAGUACGUGCUGUUCUGUUUUUGUUUUUAUUAAGAUGAUUGGAAUCAACAAAUGUUUUGAUAACCCUACAAUAUAUCAACAAUACAUCACGAAAGAACAUUUCCAGCUAUGAACACCAAAAAUUCAGAAUAAUAAGGUACUAUUAUUGCUACUCUGGGAGCCCAACAUAAUCUUUUUUUCAGAAAAUGAACAGACAAUAAAACAUCUUUUCUGAGCAUACCAACAACACAAAACUCAGACAAUACAGACCCCUCUUUUUCGCUGCACAAAACUUUCUUGCAAUCCAGCACUGUAUUCUCAAACACAUGCUAUGGCUCGAAGCGUCUCACUGUAAAUAUUGAGACCUGUAAAAAUUACAGGUGACAUGUAAUCAUGGGAUCAAUCCGUCGAUCAAUCCGUCGAUGAACGCCUUACUUCGUCUUGAAAGCUACUUCUGGCUUCAUUGGGUCAAAUUGUCCUAAAUGAAUUUGUCACAUUAAUCCAACUGCUGGUGAUACACAUCAUUGGUUAGUUUUUCUUUCAUACUGGUGAAGCCGGAAACUAACAUGUACGUCAUUAAUUCGAAUGAUCCGCUCCUUCCGUUAUGGGAAAGAUCUUUAACUACGGUUGUUGAUUUCGCCCUCAUAUUCCUAGCCAUUUAACAUACUCGAUCAGGGCGGUCAUGGAUCUCAAACAAAUACCCUGUAAUCUACUCAUCAGAGCGCUCACUUCCCACAUUCAGUUUUCAGAAACUGUUCUGUACAGGUGAUAUUUCAUUAACCUCACCAACAUGUUCUGUUAAUUGUGGAGGCCGCCCUGGCCAGCAUCUUCAUGUCCGUGUUCAGUCUAACAGCCACGGCAGAAUAGAAUAGGUGACAAAAAGCCCUUACUAACUCUAUCAAAUCUACUAACAAAAUGUGUUGCCCCUUUUAUCUAAGGAUGUUUUUGAGUUAUCUCGGUUUCAUACCAGAUACAAAAUUCUUGGAAGAUGCAACGUGCCAUGCCUGCAGUAGAAUAAAUGACGGAAAGAAGGAAGCGGUCUCUUUUUUUGAACAUAUCCUUCUCUUACAACUAAUAAUUAUAAUUAUUUAGUUGAGUUACUCUUAUUUCAAGGUCUCUUCAUGUGAAGGUCCACCUUCGAUUGCGACUGCAGUGAGAGAGAAAAAGAAACCUUACACCUCGAUUGUCUCUCAUCUCUACUUCUUGCGCGGAGUAAACAAAAUGAAAAUCUCUGGCACUAACGGUGUUGUCAAAUUCCCUAGUUAG